UGAGAGGGGAAGAAGAGUGGCGCACACAAUGCAUUGCACGGCUGAGAGGGGUUGUGUCUCCUGAUUUUCACGAUAAAUUUCCAAUUCAGUGGAAACUUGUGAAAAGCCAGCCGCGGACUCGUUGCAUUUUCCUUUGCUUAUAUUCAUACACUGGAUUUAGAGGGGAAAAAUCGUUGACCGGAAACGUCGGCGAGUGCUCCAACUUCUCCUAAACAUUGGAUUACACAGUUACGGCUGCAUGAAGGAGCUGCCCAGCCCAACGGGGGCUUGGCCGACACCCUCGUUUAUGGAAAUCGACACCGAGGCUUUAAUACGUGGGCCUUGAAUUUUUUCUUUGUAAUGGAGGUGGAACGAAAGAAAAGUUUCCUGUGAAGAAGCGAGAUAUUGUUAUUGUACGGGUGCUUGGUUUUACACGACUGUCGUAUUUCCCCUGCUUCCUCUAAAAACCAGAGAUUUCUGCGUGUAGCUUAACGUUAGCUGGCUAACAGCUGGAUCGGCUAACGUUAGCUAGCUACAGUGCUAACGUUACGUCUUUCUUUUGAUGUGAUACGAAUUCAACCAUUACUAUCGGCCAUCAACAUUUCGGGAGGAGAAAGAUUAGCCCUAUUGACUGCGUAAUGUUAGUUAGAUAUUUGAUGUACUGCCUGGCUCAUUGAUAUCUCUGCACAUGCUUUAAGAAUAUAGUUUUAUUCUUAGUAUGCUGGGUUAGUAUAUUGUUGUGUUUCAGGUUAGCUGUAUACAUGCUAUCCAAAUGAGCAAAAGCUAAUUGUCUGGAAUUAAAACUGUCUAAAUGUUACCCAGUAGUAUAAUUUUGUAAAAUGGACAGCGCAUUUCACUUAUUAAAUUAGGAUUAGGUCAUUUUGAACAAAAUAGCUUACACACAACGUUAACAAAAUCCUGUCACGGCACCCGGUGAGUUAAUGUCGCAUAUUUGGGUUAUUGGCCUUGCUAACUGGCUAACGGUUAACAUUUUGCUAACAGGCAAAUAAAUUUGGCAGCGUGUGCAAAAAUUAAGGAAAUUAUAGAUGUAAGAGUUGUGUAUGUUAAUGCCAACGUUGAUGUGAUUUUCAUUUUGGAAUUGGUGAAAUAGGGAUUUGACUUGCUUUGUCAGUAACGUAGACUUGUCUUUUUUGUUUACAUGCGUAUAACUUAUUUGGUUGUCGGUUGAAUUUCGUGGUAGCUAGCUAAUGUUAGCUCUCUAGACAGUCAGCUAUGUCCUGACAUUUAUACAUAUCGUUGAUAGUUUGUGUUUCUGUGGAUCUACUUUUCCGUUCAGACUCAUUGAAAUGACACUAAAAUUUCGCCGAAAGAAAGGCACGGAUGCCAAUAGACUGUUGUCAAAGGACGGUAAAUAAUAGCCACUGGUUUCAUUAACGCCAUUUUAACAGGGGCUCCUGCGAGGGCCUGUGUGGUGGUGUUUUAUUUGUGGUUCGGUGUCUUCCUCACUGAACCAGGACUUGAAUAAAGUGCCUUUGGUGUCACUGGAGAUACGAUAAGAGGUGCCGUUUGACCAUGGAAGGUCCGAGCCGAAGCACUGGAUUCAGACAGAGCCGACGGUCCCGUUCACAGCGCGACAGGGAGCGGCGGAGGAGGAGAGUGGACCUGGCUGAGGAACGGGCCACAUCCCUGUCCUCAGGCUCCGAUCGAGAGGCUUGUGGGACAAACAGUGUCCGGGGUCCCGGGGGUAGAGAAUGCCGGCCUGGUUUCGGGAGACACAGGCCUCCGCGUCGGAGGAAGAGGGAGUCUGUGUCCUGCGAGGAAGACAUCAUUGAUGGCUUCGCAAUUGCAAGCUUUAUCAGCUUGGAAGCUUUGGAGAUGGACUGCUCUCUGAAGCCCAGUCAGCGCACUGAUAUGCUUGGAAGAAGGAAUAAAGGGAAGAGAGGGCCAGAGGAAAAUGGUGGAGGUCCACUCUCAGAGCCUGAGGAAGGACCUCCUCACAGUUACUCCAGUAGCUGUUGGAACAAGGGUCAAAAUAAGAGACGAAAGAUAGAUGACCAGGGAAUCCCUCUGGAAACUGGUUAUAUCUGUGACACUGAGAGUGAUUCAGGGGAUAAGGCUUCUGACAACGACAUGGACCCAGUAUUCACAGUCAGCACUAGGAAAGUUGUUGAGCCUCCCCCUUCAACCAUGGGCACAGCUGUGGGCAAAAACUGCCCUCCCCUACAGGCCCGUUGUGGUGGCGUCUCUCGGUUGAUGGUGACCCCAAGAGUAUCUGGCCUGGAGCGAAGUCAGGAGAAAAGCUUGGAGCCUCAUUUCCCAGAACCUGUUACUUCUUCUACCUCUUCUGGCCCUUUCUCUUGUCUGCCUUCCCACUCCCCAGUCACAGCCUCAGGCACAGUCCCCCGACCCAACCCCCUCACUGGGAACAGCAGCCGCCACCACAAUGCCAGCCCCCCACUUUCCAAGCCCAAGCCCUUCCUCACUUUACCUGGACGAUCACAACCCAUGUACGGCAUCAACAGGAGCAGCACACCAGUCAAACCUGCACCAUCUGCUUCAGCUAUUGCAUCUUCAUCCUCCAUGCGUCCACCCACGCCCUCCACCAGUGUGUCUCUGCCCUAUGUCAGGAGCUCAGGAUCCUCAGGGCCUCUCCGACCCCCAUCACGAGCCAGUUCUGGAGCGCUGUUCACCUCCUCUCCUGGCCUGCCUCCACCUCCACCUCUGCUACAAGGUCCAUCCCACUCAGCAAAUGCAGAGCGUGAAGGCAGACGCAGCGUCCCUGGGGCUGAGAAUAAUUCAGCAGCUGCAGGCCGUUCCACUCCUGGCGGUCCAUCGGCAUCCAGUUCUACACCUGGAUCGUCAAGCAGGACGUCUCAGAACCAGCCCAGCAUCCCGCCCCUGGCCUUCCAAUUCCAUCAGCACAACCACCAGCAUCAACACACGCAUACGCAUCAACACUUCACGCCUUUCCAGUAUCCCCCAGCUACUGCACCACCUCUGUUUGAGAAGUAUGCAGGCAAAAUGGAUGGGCUGUAUCGACACCCUUUCUACCCACAAUUCCCGCCGCCCUCAGUGCCGAGUAUCCAGCCUGUGAUUCCUCCCACUGGGCCUUUCAGCUCCCUGCAAGGAGCAUUUCAGCCAAAGGGAACUGGUCCUGAUAUAACAGCUCGACUUGGGGUUGUGCCUCACCACCUGCAGCCCAAAGACCCAAGGCUUACUGAUCCAUUUGGGACAUCGUUGAAAAUCAGUAAUAAACCAGGAAAAUGGUGUGCUAUGCAUGUGUAUGUGGCCUGGAUGAUUCUAAGCCAUCAGAAAAAAGUAAAGCUAAUGCAGGCUGAUCCUCACAAGCUGGACUUCCGUAGUGACCUGCUGGCCCGUCUUCCUGGAGCUGGGGGGCUCGGCCCUCUGGGGCCCAUAGGAGGAGCCCUGCCUCCAACUCAUGACCUGACCAGACCACCCAGUCUAUUCUCAGCUACAGGUGCAGUUAAUCCGUCCUCAGCUCCUUUCAUCUCUCCACCAACACCCCACUCUUCUUUCCUCACACCAACACAUUUGGAUCCAUAUGGUCGCUCACCACCCUUUACCCCCCUGGGAGCCCUGGGCUCUGGUGCCUUUGGAGGACUUGGCAGCCCAACACUGGCUGGCUCUGUAUUUGGCCCUAAAGACUCACCAGCUAGUGUGGUUGGGGGCUUGUCCACCCCCAAUCAUCACGACCCUUGGAACCGCCUACAUGGUGGACCAUCUGGGUUCCCUGCUGGUCCCAGCUGGGCUAAAGGGGCUGAUAAGAGAGAUGACAGGGAUCGUGGAAAGGACACUGAGAGAAGAGACAUCCCCCACAUCAAGGAUGAAAAGGACAGAGACAAUAUGCUGUAUGGCCGGCAGCCUGUGAGAAUGUCUCCAGUUGGCCCUGCCUUCAAACCCCGCAGUAGCACUCCAGUCUCCCACAUUAAUGGCCACAGCAGUGCACUGGGUGGAAGCAGUGGGCCUAUUGAGGACCUGACACGCAGUUUAAGUAGGGACCGAGAUCGGGAGCGAGACAGAGAUGGAGACAAGAGAACUGCCAACAGUGUCUUCAAGGGGCCUCCCCUUGGCUCUUCAUCAUUAGUAGCAGACAGGGAAAGACCACGGUCUUCCUCUUCAUCUGUGCUUACUACUCCUCCACCUUCCAACCCCUCAGCUCCAUCUCCUUUGGACCUGUACCCCCGUUCACUGGCCCCAUCAGCACACAGCCACCACAACGAACCCUCACACUCCCAAAGAGAGGGCAACCCCCCUGCUUCCUCUGCAGCUUCUGCCACUGUCUCCUCUUUGUCUCAGGGCAAGAAGUCUGACCGGACCACAACACCAGUUUCCAAACCCCCCCUGCUUCUCCCUCCAGUUAAAGUCAAAGAAGAACGGAAGGAGGAGCCAGAGCAUAUUCCCAUCUCACUGCCACCUCCUAUAGCCCCCAACCACACUUUUGACCGCCCUAACAGCCAUCCACACCACCCUAGUUCUGGUACCCCUUCCUCUUCCUCUCUAUCACUGACUCCAACUCCUGGUGUUCCGAUCCCGCCACCUACUCCAAACCCUUCUUCCCACCAACAUCUUUCCCUGCUGGAGCGAUCAAGAGCCAUUGAUGCAUAUUUGGGGAGUGCAGCGGGUGCUGGAGGAUUGAUAGUGGGUCCGGGAGCUGAACGUUUUCACCACGGUCCCUCACAAGGACCAUCCCAAGGUCCCCACAGCUUCACCUGGGACCCCUGGAGGGAGCUGGCAGCUCAGCAGCAGCAGCAGCAUCAUCAUCAUCACCACAGAAGAGAGGCCUUGGCACUUCGACCAGACCCUCACCUAGCCCUUCGAUCUGAUCCGCAUCUGGCACGGCUGCUCCAGCAUCAGCGUCUCCUGGAGGCAGAGAGGGUUGCAGCAGUAGCAGCUGCAGCAGCAGCGGCUGCACCUCAUCAUCCUCCAACAUCUACCUCUAAUCCCUCCACUUCUGUUGUCCGCCAGGAGUUCAGCCUCAUGGCCCAUCCUUUUGACCGCCCUCCUCAGCUUGGACCGCCUGGAGGUGGGCUUAUUGAUGAGGAGCAGCGUGCCCAGAUCUUGAGGGAAGACUUUGAGAGGGCACGUUACUUUGGGAUGCAUCCACACCUCCCAGCUAGCUCUCACCUCUCAAGCCCCUCUCAUGCUGCUACUGCCGCUCACCUGGAACAGCUCCACCCUGGCCUGCUCUCCCAUCCACUUCCUCCAGGAGCCUCUGCUGUUUCCCAGCACCAUGCAGGCCUCUACUCACGUCUGGGCCCAUUAAACCCACAUGUUCCCAAUGGUAUCCUGGCAAAGACCCCUGCGGGUUUGAUGGGAGCUCUGACAGUGGGGGCACCUCCUCCUCUCAUUCCGUCUGUAACCAGUCGGUCAUCCACUCCUCCCCGCAGUUCAAGACUUGGAGGGGCAGGAGAGCUGGCACUGUACAGUGCUCAUAAAGAUGGAGAGUCCAGAUAGUAGUGGGACAACACUGGAGGAGAUUAAGGGAAAUGUCAGGAUCACUGUGCUGCUCUCAACCACCCACCCCACCUCAAUAGGGGCAUAUGUGAUUGGCUGGAGAUGGUAGGGAGGGAAAUGCAAGACUCAUCAGUGUGAUUUCAAAAUUAUGCCCAAUGGUUCUAUCAGUGCAAUCUAAAGGUACAUGGUUUCUGUGCAUCCUUGGUGUAUUUUUCUUUUAUAUUGGCUGUUUGUUAAUAUAGUAAUCAACAAUGAAAGCUAUAAGAAGAGGCAGAGGACAGUUUCUUCAUGUCAGGUGAAUUAUUAUCCAUGCUCUUAAGCAAGCCUUUUUCAAGCAGAUUGGAAAUGACUUCAAGAGAGAUGUACACUUUGAAAACAUUUAAGGGUUCAUCCUCUGCUUGGUUAACUCAUGGGUUGCUCCUGUAAAGCCCUCUUCUGCAUAAUCAAGUCUGAUUAGAUGUUGUGGACAAGGGCCCAAGAAAUACAGUGAUAAAGUGGUGCUUUCUAGUUUUGUUUUUGUGUCUUUUUGUUAUUGUGAAAAGACAGAUUACUGAAGAGACCAUAUAAGUUUAGUAAGCAUCGUACCUCAGUUUUCUGCUUUACCCAAAAAUCUAACCCCAGAUCCUCAGCUUCAUCACCAUGCCUUUGAUAUGAUUUCUUUUGACUUGUUUUUGUUUUCAAAUGAUGAAUGGCGAAAUGAACUGUGCUACACUGUGUAAGUUAACACAGUAUUUUAGAGCUUCCUGUUACUGUUUCCCAGUCUCCUCUGACUAUAUGAGCAGGACCAGAAUAUAGUAGUCUAGAGAAAUUGCCUUUGUAAUUAUUAUUCUUAACAUUAAUUAUCUUCUAUAAUGAUAAAUAUAUUCAUUGUUAUUAUGUUAUUUGUCAUUGUUUCAGGUAUCAACCAGUACUCUCUCCCCAGAUCGUAACAUGUUUUGAGUCACAUAAGAGACAAAGCAAAAGGCUUGCUUCACAGAAAACUUUUCAGUGCUUGUGAACAUUAAGCCGUAUUCAUUGCAACCUCUGGCCUCUUCAAGGAUCUCAUCUAUGACUUUAUUAUAAGAGGCAGGUUUGCCUGUGUGUCAUUGGUUGUGUGUGUGUAUAUCCAUCUGGGACUAUGGGAGCCUUGUACAUUGAACUGUCAAGUUGUUCAUCAAGGAAAAAAUAAGUUAUAUACAUGGAUAAGUGGGACAUAUGGUGAAAAACAAAAAACAAAAUAAAAAUAUAAGGACUUGUGUCAAAGGACAACUAGACAGUGGGUAUACUGAGAGGGAAAAGACUGGGUCAAUUAUUUUAAUAUGACCAUUUUAUACCUUUCAAAGCCCUCCCCUAGAGACCACAAAGAUUAAUUAUUAAAUGAAUCGUUGUUUA